AGUCAUGGCACAUGCAUGUGCAUCAUCUUCUCAUUUUCCUUUCCUCUCUAACAGUGUGUAUCCACGCACGCACGCUACAUGUUUGACAAAAUCUCUCAUCGCGCAGAGUAACUCCACCGAAUCAAACUGAAAUCGAUUACAACAAUCGAAGAAUCUGAAAUGUGGAAACGCGCAACCGCUACUCUCAAAUCAUCCCUUUCUCUUCACAUCACAAAGGAAGCUUCUAAAUAUAACGCUUUUCAUUCCCAUAGAUUUAUCUCAGGAUCGCCUUUACACUUUCAGGAAAUGGAUGGGAUUUGUCCCAAACAUGUCGAUUCGGUUAUAACUUUUGUUUUAGGAGGGCCGGGUAGUGGAAAAGGUACUCAAUGUGCAAGAAUUGUUGAAACAUUCGGAUUUAAGCAUCUGAGUGCUGGUGAUCUCUUGAGGAAGGAGGUGGAAUCUGCUAGUGAAUACGGCACAAUGAUUCUGGAUACAAUUCGAGAAGGGAGAAUUGUUCCAUCAGCAGUGACUGUCAAAUUGAUUCUAAGAGAGAUGGAAUCUAGCGAUAAUCAUAAGUUUCUUAUUGAUGGUUUCCCUAGAAGUGAGGAGAAUCGCAUAGCUUUUGAACGAAUUACUGGAUCAGAACCAGAUUUUGUUCUUUUCUUUGAUUGCCCUGAAGAAGAGAUGGUGAAACGGGUGCUGAGCCGUAAUCAGGGUCGAAUUGAUGACAAUAUAGAUACAAUCAAGAAACGUCUUAAAGUAUUUGAGGCAUUAAAUCUUCCUGUGGUUGAUCAUUAUGAAAGGAGAGGGAAACUUCACAGGAUCAAUGCUGUGGGAACAGAGGAUGAAAUAUUUGAGCAAGUUCGGCCAGUUUUUGCGGCAUGUGAGCUAACGGCUGCAUGAAAGCUGUGUGAAUGGGUUGUGUUGUGAGAGCAUUGUAAAUUUGGGUGAAGUUCGGAUGUUGCGAGGACUCUAUAUUUCCUUGUUAACUACUAGUUAACUACAAGAUCCAAAUUCCUUGUUUAUUUGCUUGGGAAUUUGGCAGGUCUCUAAAACUUAUCCACUGAAGAAUUUCAAAGUGACUGGCUGGAACGGUUUGAGUUUUAUAACGCUGUCGAAUCUUAUCCCUUUGACAGACAUAAUAAGAGAUGAAUGUAAAUGUUUGAUACACAAGCAAGCAUUGUUGAGUAAUAACAACAAUGUGUUGGUUCUAGUGAAAGGAUCUGGAUUCUUUUUGAAUAUGUAAUUCUGAAUUCGAUUUAUAUUUGCGUAUAAAAAACAAAUAUUUGGAGGCA